UAGUCUGGCGUUGUCAGCCAGUGGCGGAGGCUGAAGAUGGCGAGUGUGGGGCUCGGCUGCUCCUGGAAUGCCAGGGCAUCCGUAGCGACCGAGGACCCGGUUUACGCUUCAAUUGAAGACAGUCGGCAGGAGGAUGAAGGGUUCGCCGUGCCCCGCUGGGGCCCUCAGCAUCCCGGAGCCAAAGAGCUGGCACAAUUGUAUUCUCCCAUGAAACGGUUUCAGGAAUGGUUGUGUGUUAUUUUGAACAUUGUUCUUAUGAACUGCAACUUGUAUCAUCUGAUCAUAAACUUCACUUGGGAUCAUAUUCAUCUGAUUCUUAUUGGAAUUAUUGCAGGGAUGGUUACUGCUGACUUUGCUUCAGGAUUGGUCCACUGGGGAGCAGACACCUGGGGUUCUGUUGAUCUUCCUAUACUUGGCAAGGCUUUCAUAAGACCAUUCAGAGAACAUCAUAUUGACCCCACUGCUAUAACAAGACACGAUUUUGUAGAAACAAAUGGUGAUAACUGCAUGCUUACUGUGAUUCCUCUGGCUCAUAUGGCAUACAAGUUUCUUACUCUGUCUCCAGAGGCCAUCUAUGCUAUUUAUCCUUGGGAGUGCUAUAUCUUUUCUCUUGGAUUGUUUGUGACACUGACAAACCAAAUUCACAAGUGGUCUCAUACAUAUUUUGGAUUGCCUUCAUGGGUCUGCUUUUUGCAGGACUGGCAUAUCAUUCUACCACGAAAACAUCAUCGCAUUCAUCAUGUAUCUCCACAUGAAACCUACUUCUGUAUUACCACAGCUGUAACAGUUCCACGUAAUUUUCGCCUUUUGGAAGAACUAGAAGAUGGCCAGAAGGGAGCAAGUGAUGGGACAGUAAGUUGGGGGCUUGAAGAUGAUGAAGAUAUGACACUUACGAGGUGGACAGGGAUGAUUGUUGGACCUGCCAGAACAAUUUAUGAAAACCGAAUAUACAGCCUUAAAAUAGACUGUGGACCUAGAUAUCCAGAGGUAGCUCCGCAUGUUAGAUUUGUAACAAAAAUAAAUAUGAAUGGAGUAAAUAGUUCCAAUGGAACGGUGGAUCCAAAAAGCAUAUCAGUUUUAGGUAAAUGGCAGAAUUCAUAUAGUAUCAAAGUUAUUCUGACGGAGCUUCGGCGUCAAAUGAUGUGUAAAGAAAACGGAAAACUUGCUCAGCCCCCAGAAGGACAAAGUUACAGCAAUUAAUCCGGAAUCGUUCCUCCCUCAAUUCAAGCUUACUUCAUUUUCCACCGUACCGUAGUAAUUUUUUUUUUCUAGGCGCAUCUUGUAGAUCUCAAAGUACUGGAAAAAGAAUAAUUCCCAUUAAAAAGCAAUUAAUCUUAAUACUGUAAAUGUAAGCCAAUACUAAUUGUUUUUGUUGGACAAAAGUUGUAUGAUAACACAAAUAAUCUUGCGCGUAACCACUGUCUACACAAUAGAAUCUUUGUUGUCAGGAAUUAUCUAUGAAAUUAGUACUGUUGAGACCAGUGUGGCACAUUUAGCUAAAGCUGUGAAUAUGCACAUCACACAGACACUUGCUGCAGGUUUGCCCUUUAAAUUAUUGUCCCUUUGCAAUAGUAUUAAAGCUCAGGGCUAUUUAUUAGAGUCCAAACACAAAGGUUGGAAUGAUCAGUGCAGUGCUGUUUUCUGGUCUCCAUCUGUCAAUGGGAUUUAUCUUACUUUCAGAGCCAACUUUUCCUUUGUGCUGUCUCUAGUAAAUGCUGAACACGGCUGAUGUAUUUUGGACCACUAACAUUAGUUUGCUGUAUUGUGGAUGCAAGCUACGUGUAUAACUAUUUGGUGCGUCCAGAAAUUUUUUGACAUUCAUAUUUGUACAAAGCCACAUUUUAAAGCAGCGAUAUCACAACACUUAAAACAGCCAUUGUUUCCAUUAAAAGCAUAUUUUGUUGAAAAAUGUUUAAGAUAUUAGAUGUAUGGAUAUAACAGUCUCAGAAAUUAAAGAAUUUAACAUAACUUAAUGGUAUUCUAUUGAUAGCCUUUUAUUGUGUCAACCUAAUUUUGAAAUAUUAAAAUUGUGAAGUAAGGGUAAUACAUGGAUUAUAUUUAAGCUAAAUUGUAAAUGCAUUAACUUUGAUUGAAUUAGAAGUGCAAGGGCAUAUAAAAUGGAAGACAAAAACAUCUUAAGUUCAUCAUUAAGCUUUGACUUGUACUUUUUAGUGGACUGAAUAUUAGUGUCUUGUACCGCACUUAAGACAAUUGUAAUUGAAAUAAGGCAUUUAAAAUAUAUAUUUGGAUACGUUUGGGCUAUUUGUAUCUUUUGGAAGUUUGUCUGCAUUAGUUGCAGAAUUUGAAUUGAUUUCUGUGUUGCUGCUGAACAGAAGUUCAAUAAGUUGGAGCAAUUGCUUUGCUUCUGGGGCUUCAGCUAUUAAGACAAAACUCAUUGACCAUUGCACAAUGUGGCUUGAUUUAUAUGAAAGCACAAUCUGGUUCUCCGAGCUUGAAUCCACAAACUGGACUGCUUUUUUUUUGUGUUAAUUGUCAAUAGUAUAGAUAGAAAACGUUGCAGUAGUCCAUCUAAAGGUAUACUAUUUGGGUGAAAGCUUUUUGGUCCAUCUAUCCCACCACCUAUCACCACCUCCAAUUUUCCUUAGUGCAGAUCUCAUCAUUCUAAAUUGAAUAGCAGGGUUAUUCUGGUUGUUCUGCACUAUAUGCCAAACUUCCUGUUUCUGUGUAGAGAUUUGUCGUGCAUUUUUGAGUGCUAUCCCAGAUUUUCAGUCUUUCCACGGUCCCCCUGGAAUGAUAUUUCUGCAAAGAAGGCAACAAUGUUGAGAACUCCCUUUUUUAAAAUUUGAGAUGAGAAUUGGAAGCCAAUAUUUACUAUGUGGCGCUCUGACUUUUCGUCACGUGCUAAAAUUCUACAUUAGUCCUGCUUUCCAGUCCUAUUCUCAUUGAUUGCCUUUAGCAUCUUAAAAAAAAUCUAUUGACCCCAUUCUUGUAAAGAUUAAUUGCCCUUGAGGAAUGAGAUUCCCAAAAAUACACAACUUUCUGAAUGAAGAAAUUUCUCCUCAUCUUAGUCCAAAAUGGGCAAGUGCUUAUUCUAAGAGUAUUAUUGUGAGUCUUAGAUUUUUCAGUGCGGCAAAUCAGCUUCUCAGCAUUUACUUUGUCAAGCCUUAUAAAAUCAUGAAGUUGGCUGCUAUUGAGUUAGGGGAAAAUAAGUAGUGUGUUUUUAAGGGUUUUCACUUUGAGAAUUUCUUCUAGAGAACUUUGUAUUCACUUUCAGUGAAUUUUCUGCCCAGUAUCUUAAGUGGAGAAUUCUGGAGGUCAAAUAAAAUUUUUAGUGUAUACUUCAGUGACUGAAAUGUUACUGCUUCUUCCAAAAUCUGCGGAAUAGAUUAUGUAAUCCUAUAAGGCAGGCUGGAGUUUUGGGCCAGCAAGUGUUUUAUUUGCAUAGGGUAAAUGAAUGAGCAAUAAAGAGUGACAGGUGAAAAACAGACUUGCCUGUCUCAAUUUUCAAUGCAACUCUUGUUCAAACAUAAACAUUAACAUGAAAAUGUGAACUUGUCAGUAAGCUGGAAAAAUAUUCAGCUGUAACUCCUGCUUAAUGUCAUCAUUUUGAACAUGUUCAUUUGACUAUAAGAUUGGAAUUAAUUGUAUUGAAUAAUUCCAGGUGAAAUUGGUUUCCCUUAUAAAUAAAAUCUGAUCUUUGAAGUAUCCUGUAAAUGAAAGAUGCAGCAGCAGUUACAUUAUCACAUUUGUUUUAAUACUAAUUCAUCACUGAAAAGAAUUUGCGUUAAAAGUGGCAAACAAUAUUUGCAGAUAUUGUCCCUGGGUUGAUUAACCAAUUAAAUAUAUUGUACCACUGUGUGGGCUAUAGCAAGAGCACCUUUUUGGAGUCCUUUCCAAGAAACAUACUUAGUAAUGCAAACUGCAGUUUAAAUUUCAGUGGGUGUUUUUUUAAAUGUUACCUUAUGUGCCUAGGUGUAUUUUAUGCCAGGACUGGUAAACAAGGUGAUGUUCUAUUAUAUAGCACUGAGUAUACAAUGUUCAGCAUAAACUCCAGUCUUGUUUUUUCUGAAACCUAUUCCUCUUUUGAAAUAUCAUGCCCUUGUGUAGAUUUUGCCAAGUAGUUAGACUUUGGCUGAUCAGUGUCUUAAACCUGAACAUGCAUGGAACAAAAAGAAUUGAUACAUUUUGAAAUUUCCUGUUAAUUUUUUGGAACACAGGCCAUAGUCUAUAGCUUAAUAGGAAUUCUUGAUCAUUGUUAAUCCAUUAACAUUCACUUUCUCCCUAAAUGCACAUUCAGUAAAUCAUAGUUCCUAAAUUGUUUUUAUUUUCCUAUUCAGUGCUGUAUUCUGACAAUCUGCCCUCCCUCUGUGAUAUGAUUCUCUCUAUCUCUGCCUGGUCUAUUGUUUGCAUUCUAUACCAUCCUUGUGCUGUUACAGUGGCUUAUUUCUACUUAACAGCACAUUCAUUAGAGAUUACUAUGAAAUUAUUUCUCAUUUAUUCUUAUUUGUUGAUAGCUAUUUAACACGAGGAAGUACCAGGGUAAGAAAUUAAAAUUUGAACACAAUGACAGGAAGUUUUAAAAAUACAGUGACUAAACCAAUGUACACAAAAUGGAAAUAUUCAAUAAUAAAGCUUGGCAAUUUUCCAUCACUAGGAUGUUACAUAAGGUUCACAUGAAAAAAGGCAAGGUGGGUUCCCAUAACCUUAUUCCAGUCUACCCCAGCAUUCUCCUGAUGGAAGUACAUCAAGAUUACUUGGGAUGUAAAUAUCAAAUAUUGGUUUAGGAUAAUGGAUUUGAUGGUCUUUUUCACUUCCAUAAAUUGGGUGAGGACAAUGUGAAACUAAGUACUACUUAGCCUUGUGUAAUUGAUUUUUCUUCCGUUUUGGUUUCUUGUUUCAUGUAUAUGCUUAACCAAAGUGUGACAAAAUAAUUUGCAUAAAAUAGGCAUGAUGCUGAAUAUUAACCAUGUGAAACAUGAGCUGUGUUCAGAUAGAAUGUGGACAUAAUGUGCAUUGUUUAAAAUAUCAACUUGCAGUAGAAUGGGUAAAAUGCAGUUUUAUAAAGGGUGUCAAAAGUGAAAUUAAAGAGCUCACUGGGGCUACUGUUAAGUAGUGGCUGCAGAAGUCAAAAUAUAUUUAUUACAUCAGGUUUAAAUAAUAUUUUUCAAAUCAUAAUUCCAUUUUCCUGUAAUGAGGAUUUCAAUUGCUCCUUUGCAUACAUAAAGAUCAAUAUAAUCAAAAGCCUUGCACAUUGCACGUCAAAUGCAUUGGCAAGAAAUGAUAAUGGUAGUUAUUCCUUUUCCUUUGUGAACACUUGUGCCAGGUAAUUAAUGAUGCUGUGGCUAAUUCCAACUUUUUCAUAUAAUUUUUCAAAAGGCUACGUUCCUUUGCAUACUGGUAUCUAUAUAAUCGAAUGACUUGCAUGUAGAAUGUAGAAUAUGACAUUUCAAACUGUCAAAUCUUAUAGUGUGCAUGUGAUACUUCUGAUUAACUCACAUUCACCAAAUUACUAUCAACAAUUAUACUGAUUACCACAAAUAAAUUUUAUUUGAAGGUAUGAUUGACAUUUUAGUUUAGUUCUGAAAGUUAUUGUAAAAUAAUUUUGCAUCAUAAGGGGCAUGCAUUUUCUUUCAUACAUGGUAUGGGGUGCAGUAAUUACCCUAUUUUUUAUUUAGUCCUUAAAAGAGGUAACUACCGCUUCAAUUUGCAGCUUUUAAAUAGCCGUAUUGUAGAAGCAAGAGCAAGAAUUAAACCGCAU